ACAUCGCCGCUCCUCUCUUCCCCCCACCCGCCUUAUUCUGACUUGCUCGCUGUUUCGCUGCCGUUCUUGCUUAAUUUUGCUGACUCAGAUCACAGGUUUCCAGGAAGAAGCAAAACUGCCAAAGGAAAAAAUCAUGCAUACUUUCCAACAAAAAUUACUGUUCCUACGAUAUUGAUGACAUUUGUGGCGUGCAUAGAUGGAUGUGAGCAAAAAAUGCCCUCACGGGUAUAAGAACAUCCAAAAGCUGAGAACUUCUUUCACUUUAUACUUCUCAGAAUUUCAUUAUACGUUUUCAGCUGGUUGUCUUUGGAAAACAGAAGCAUAAUGAAACCUUUGUAACUUCAAGUUUCUAUAUUUAGACAAAUUGCCCUCAGUAUAAUGGGGACUGUACCUGACAGUUUUGACUGCAAUUACUUGCAGUAAUGGAAGUUGUAACGAUACUGGGAUUAGAAGUUGAACAAGCCAACUGUUACUUGAACAAAACAACUGUUGAAAUAUUUUUUUCUCAUCCUCACACAAAUGGAUGUACCGAUUAAGAAAAUUGUUUUGCUUCUUUAAAACUAUGGCUCCUUUCAGAUAAUACUAGCAAAGUAUGACCAAAAUUACUAUAAAAAAGCUAAAAGUGUUCUAAGAAUGCCCAGAAGAGGCUUAAUUUUUCAAGCCAGGACUCGAUGGCUGUUGGUCGGAGUUGCUUUACUCUUGAGCUUAUUGCUGAUCAUGUACCUUCUUGAAUGUGCUCCACAAACAGAUAGCAAUGGAUCACUCCCUGGUGUUGUAGGGGAGAAUUUUGGUAAGGAGCACUACCAAGCCCUCUUGCAAGAGCAGGAAGAGCACUACCAAACCAGGGCUAUGAGCCUCAAGCGCCAAAUUGCCCAGUUAAAGCAGGAGCUUCAGGAAAUGAGUGAUAAGUUGAAAUUGUUACAGGAAAAGAAAAGCCCAAGAGUCAACAGCAUGGGCUACCAAAGCACCAAAGAACAAGCACCCAAUGAUCUCCUAGAAUACCUGCAUUCUCAAAUAGACAAAGCUGAAGUGAGCGUGGGAGCCAAGCUGCCUAGUGAAUAUGGGGUCAUUCCUUUUGAAAGCUUUACCUCCGCGAAAGUGUUUCAGUUGGAGAUGGGGCUCACACGACAUCCAGAGGAGAAACCGGUCAGAAAAGAUAAGCGAGAUGAAUUGAUGGAAGUAAUUGAGGCUGGUCUAGAGGUAAUCAAUAAUCCAGAUGAAGAAGACGGUCAAGAUGAUGAUGAUGGAAUAGAGGAUAAGCAGCUUUACAACGAAAAUGAUUUCAUAGAAGGUUAUUACCGCACUGAGAGAGACAAAGGGACACAAUAUGAAUUGUUCUACAAGAAGGCAGAUGAUAUGGAGUACAGGCAUGUCACACUGUUUCGUCCAUUUGGGCCCCUAAUGAAAGUGAAGAGUGAAACGGUUGAUAUCUCCAGGUCAAUAAUAAAUAUUAUUGUUCCCCUUGCUGGAAGGACGGAGGUGUUUGCACAAUUCAUGCAAAACUUCAGGGAAGUCUGCAUUAAUCAGGACAGGCGGAUUCACCUCACUGUUGUAUAUUUUGGACACGAGGGCCUUUCUGAAGUCAAGAGCAUCUUAGAACCUGUUGCUAGAGAGGCUAACUUCCAUAAUUACACUCUGGUUUCUUUGAAUGAGGAAUUCAAUCGUGGACGAGGUCUAGAUGUGGGAGCCAGAGCCUGGGAAAAAGGCGAAGUUUUGAUGUUCUUCUGCGAUGUCGAUAUUUAUUUCACAGCCGAGUUCUUAAAUAGCUGCCGUUUGAAUGCUGAGCCAGGCAAGAAAGUUUUCUAUCCUGUGGUAUUCAGCCUAUAUAAUCCGGCCAUUGUCUAUGCCAAUCAAGAUCUUCCACCCCCUGUGGAGCAGCAGUUGGUGCACAAGAAGGAUUCUGGUUUUUGGCGGGAUUUUGGCUUUGGGAUGACCUGUCAGUAUCGAACGGAUUUCUUGUCCAUUGGAGGCUUUGACUUGGAAGUCAAAGGCUGGGGUGGAGAGGAUGUUCACCUGUAUCGAAAGUACCUGCACGGUGACCUAAUUGUGAUCAGGACUCCAGUGCCCGGCCUCUUUCACCUCUGGCAUGAGAAGCAUUGUGCCGACGAACUGACUCCAGAGCAAUAUCGCAUGUGCAUCCAGUCUAAAGCCAUGAACGAGGCAUCUCACUCUCACCUUGGGAUGCUGGUAUUCAGGGAAGAGAUCGAGGCCCACCUGCGUAAGCAGGCAUACAGGACUAACAGUGAAGCAAUAGGCUAAAUUUAUUCUCAGUGCAAUCCUAAAACUCUAGAGCUGCUAUGAACCAGCAUUGUUCUGAAGCCUUAAUUAACUUCAGCUAAAAAAAAAAAAUUGGAGUGCCUCUCUCUUGCUGAAGAUGAGUUCAAAGAUCUUUUUCUCUGGCCAGCUGUAAUCUACAUAUCACACCAGAUCAGGCACUUGAGUGAAAUGAAGUAUUUCAGUUUGCUUGUACGAGUUUAAUUGUGCCCAGGGUGGAGAGUGAGUGAGAACAAGGACAGGAUAAGUUCAAUUUUCCCCAUCUAGACUUUUCUUUAACACUUUCAUUUCUCAGACCUGCAUUACACGAGGGUAAUUGAACAAUAACUGUCUUCUCCACCAUCUGGUUACUUUGUACUGCUCACUUUGCCGUAGUUUUUAGAAAAGGACACUAUAUGUAUGUAUGCAUUCUUUGGGAAGAAUCAAACAUUAAGGCAAAAGCUGUGGAGAAUCAUAUGCAAAACCAUGAUAGGUCGUGCAGCUAGAAUCACGGAAUUCGCCUUAUUAACCAUCAGGUGCAGUAAAUCAACUUGCAAAAACAUGUAUUUAAAGUUUUUAAAAGAGGUCACUGAACAGUUGACAAUGUUGUCAUGCUGUUCUUUAUCAGAUUGUAAAUGAGUUGAGCUUGUACGCUAUUUGUUUAUCCUAACUACCAGCCAAAUAAUUCUUUGCAUGUUUCAGGAUGUCGAAAGAGAUGCUGUUUUGAACACAAGCAGUUUUCUUCACUGCCUCAUUAUUACACUUCUGAUAUUCUUUGUUCUUCAGAUGAACGUUGAAGUCUUUGUCAUCUGGGCGAGGGGAUUGGAGAACAUGGCAUUUAAAGAUUAGAGAGGCAUCACUUGCUAACUGCUAACUUGGGUCCAUUUUUCCCUUUUUAAUUUAAUUUUGGCAAUGGUACAAGAAUGCCUCCUACUCAAACCCCCAUGGAAAUGAACAGUAGUUGCCGAAAAGUAGAGCCGUGCUUUUACGUAGUCUGUAUUCAUUUCAAAUGGGGCUUGCAAACCAGAUACGAGAAGCCCAUUGAGUUCAUAAGCAAUGAAAAGAGGCAGCUUUCAGUUCUGAACGACAAUGGUACUGUUUCAAAAUAGUUCUGGACCCUCAUCCCUGUUUUAACAUGUAGUUUGCCUUUAUAUAACAUUGUGGAGAACAAUGUAACUUGUCCGAAAUGGGGAAGAAUGUAAUGCAAGUUGGCUUGCUGUUGUCUUCUCUUUAUAAUUAAAUUGAAUACU